AUGCGUGAAAUAAUAACAAUCCAAGUUGGACAAGCUGGAAAUUCUAUCGGUGAAAAAUUUUGGGAAUUAGCUUGUGAUGAACAUGGAAUUGAUUGUUGUGGAAAUUUUCAUGGUGAAAGUGAUUUACAGCUUGAACGUAUUAAUGUUUAUUUUACGGAAGUAAAAAAUCAACGUUAUGUACCACGAUCUAUUUUUAUUGAUCUUGAUCAAAAUUCAAUAAAUAAAAUUCAUAAUUCAAAUAAUAAAAAUUUAUUUAAUCCUGAAUUUUUAAUCAAUGGAAAAAUGAGUGCUAGUAAUAAUUUUGCUAAAGGAUAUCAUACUGAAGGAGCUGAAAUUUUAUCAGAGUUAAUGAAUAUUAUUCGUAAAAUAGCUGAAGAAUGUGAUUUAGUACAUGGUUUUCAAUUUUUACAUAGUAUUAGUGGUGGUGCUGGUGGUGGGUUAGGUUCAUUAUUAAUUGAUAACAUUCGACAAGAAUAUUCUGAUCGAAUUAUUAAAUCUUAUUCAAUAUUUCCUGCAUUAUCAAUGUCACAAAUUGUUGUUGAACCAUAUAAUGCUGUAUUAACAAUGAAUCAUUUAAUUGAAAAUACUGAUGAAACAUUUUGUUUUGAUAAUAUUACUUUAUUUGAUAUAUUAAAUAAAACACUUCGACUUUCAUCAGGAAAUUUUACAGAUAUAAAUCAAAUAUUAGCACAAGUUAUGAUUGGUAUUACUGCUUGCUUUCGAUUUCCAGGACAAUUAAAUAUGGAUUUACGUAAAUUAGCUGUUAAUAUGAUACCAUUUCCAACGCUUCAUUUUUUAAUGACGUCAUUUUCACCAUUACAUGCACGUCAAACAGUUCGAUAUCAAAAUAUAAAUGAACAUAUGCUUAUUAAACAAAUGUUUAAUAUAAAUAAUCAAAUGUUAACAUUUGAUUCACAACACGGAAAAUAUUUAACAGCUACAGGUAUAUUUCGUGGUAGAUCAUUAUCAUUAAAACUUCUUCAUGAUCUUAUAUCAAAAGAAAAAAAUCAUCAACAUUUUGUUCAAUGGAUACCAAAUAAUUGUAAAAUAGCACAUUGUGAUAUACCACCAAAAGGUUUAUUACGUUCAGUAACUGGUAUUGCAAAUAAUACAGGAAUAAUAAAACAAUUUGAUUAUAUUUUACAACCAUUUACAAAAUUAUUUCAACGUCGUGCAUUUAUUCAUUGGUUUAUUGGUGAAGGAAUGGAAGAAAUUGAAUUAAUUGAAGGAGAAAAUCGAAUAAAAGAUUUAAUAAAAGAUUAUCAACAAUAUGAAAAUACUACUAUUGAAAAUGAUGAAUGA